UGAGGUUUUAAAACCAAUUCCACAUAUCUAACGUUCACCAAACAAGAUUUUCCUAGACAGUGUAUCCGUAGUAGCUUAGGUACCGGCAUUUAAAGAUGAAUGUAUCAAAUCAAGAUUGGCUGCUAAGCGAGUCAGAUCAAAGUGACUUUGUCUUGACUCAAGUCAAUCUUUUGUAACGUUCUCCAAUUGCAACAAUUGUUUGCAGUGUUUGCGGUCAAAAAUAAUUAAUUGAAUUAAAGUUAAUAAAAUUUGUUUGAGUGUUUUAUGUUAUUUGGUUUUCUUGCUUUGGUGUUCCGUGGAGACGUUAGAAUAUUUAUUGCUUAAUUUUUCAUAUUUUCCCAAAAUAACUGAAUUAAUUCCACCAUGAAAUAGUGUAUGACUUCCGAAGAUAUCGCAGUGAAAUAAAGUGACCAUAAUUCAGUGCCAAAUUUCCAAUAAGUCUACUGCCAAAGUGUUCGUGAAAGACCUCCAAACAUAAAUCUCUGAACCAUUCAAAAUCGAUAAAUCUCGUCUAUCAUAAUUAUGACAAAGUACAACAAAGCAACAGCUACUGCUAAUGACGCUGAAUCUUCGAAAGAAAGUGGAAUAACAUAUGGCAAGUACGAAGGCCUAAGGAUCACAAAAAAUGUGGUCAUUAUUGGUUUGGCUUUUAUGAUACACUUCACCGCCUUUCACGGAACAUCAAAUCUACAAAGCUCGGUUAAUUCGGACGCAGCUCUAGGAACGACAACUUUGGCUGUUAUUUAUGGAUCUCUUAUUUUAUCGAAUAUCUUUCUACCGUCGUACGUUAUAAGAUGGCUGGGCUGCAAGUGGACAAUGGCCGUAUCCUUUAUAGCAUACAUGCCUUUCAUUGCCGCACAAUUCUAUCCACAUUUUUACACACUCAUACCAGCUGCACUGGGGGUCGGAUUUGGUGGAGGACCACUAUGGUGUGCAAAGUGCACCUUCUUAACUAUUGUAGCGGAAGCCAUGAGCAACAUAUUGGAUGAUACCAGCAAGCAGGUUCUUGUUGUUCGCUUUUUUGGUUUAUUUUUCGUUUUCUACCAAAUGGCGCAAGUGUGGGGUAACCUAAUUUCGUCCUUGGUGCUUUCGUUCGACACAAACGAUUCUGCCUCCGAUUUUCUCCAAAAUGCCACAAUCAAUGUAGACGAGGAAACCAUGAAGAAGGUUGGUGAGAUUUGCGGAGCGAGAUUUUGUCCAGGGGUUGGUGCUAAUGAAAAUCCGAAUUUAAUUCCACCUCCACCAGAGAAAAUUCAAAUGUUGUCAGGAAUAUUUUUGGGGUGCAUGCUGUUGGCGGUUUUACUGAUUGUGUUUCUCGUUGAUUCUCAAAAGCGGUAUGGCGUAAGGCGAGGACGAGAUGAGGGAGCAGCCUCUGGUUGUAAGCUGUUAGCAUCCACGGUUCGUUUAUUAUCCGAAAAGUAUCAACUUUUACUAUUACCCAUUACGAUGUUUAUUGGAGCCGAGGAGGCCUUCGUUGCCGUUGAUUUCACUGCGUCAUUCGUCGCUUGCGGCUGGGGCAUUUCCCGAAUUGGCUACGUGAUGAUAUGUUUCGGUGUUGCUAAUGCAAUUGCGGCCGGGCUAGCUGGAGCUCUAGCAAAAUUAUUGGGACGCAUCCCCAUCACGAUAGCUGUUUUUGUUCUUCACGCCUCGUUACUUGUCUGGAUGCAUGAAUGGAUUGCGGUCGCAAAUGAUUACAUGACGUACUGUAUCAUGGCUGCACUUUGGGGAAUUGCAGACGGAGUCUGGCUGGUGAAUGUAAACGCACUCAGCGGAAUACUAUUUCCCGGGAAGGAGAUUGCAGCAUUCAGCAACUUUAAAUUAUGGGAAGCUGUCGGUUCUGUUCUCGGAUAUGUUGUUAGUCCGAUGCUAUGCACAUAUCUGAAGCUCCGGUGCUUGCUCGGACUAAUGACUGUUGGUGUUAUCGGUUAUUGCACGAUCGAAUAUAUUGAGAAAAAAGAAAAAGGAAAUAUAAAUCGCGACCAUACCCUGGCCGUGUUCGACCAGGAGCCUGCAGUACAGCAAAUUACAACAUUUUGAAUGCGUCGUUUGUUAAUAUUUAACUUGAUGUAUGAGACGCAUGUGUUUGUUUACAAUAAAUGAAAUGUUACCAUUGUUUUGAAA